AUGAAACACUCAGUCAAGAACUACAUGUCCAAGCUCUACAGAACCAACCUGGCCCCGAACACUAACCGGGUCACUGACGAACCCGGUGGGCCGUUGGACUGCUCCGAAGUUGACCGCGACUUGGACUUCCACCAACCGGUGGUGAAGCCCGUUACCUGUCCCCCUAACAGUCCCGAGUUGGCCUACGCUGAAGGCCCCAACGAGUUGCCGGAGUUUUCCGAGGACGACGACGACUGGAGACUUUAA